CGCUAAAUAUGGUGAAUGGCAUCACGGUGAACGGGCUUGGAGAAGUGGCACUAGAACAAGGACCUUCUCUCAUCACCCUUGGCCAACAGGUCCAGCUUGGCAGCAUUAGCUUGGGGUCGCACCUGAAUGUACCAAUGCAAGUGGGGAAUUACGGACGAACCCUCUCUUCCACACAAGGCAACUUCUCCCCAAGCACUCAGGCAUCACGCCAGUCAACUGUUGGCAGCAGCACAGCCAUGGGGGGAGGGAACUUCCCCGUUAACAGUGCCCUGAUGAUUGGUGACUAUGUGACCCCAGGAUCCAUUGUGCUGCCCACACAGGGUAUCCAAUUGGGUGGCCACUCCUCCCUGAGCAGCAGCGGAGGAGGGGGGGUACGUUCCCCGACCCAUUGACCGGGACUGUUGCAGACCUCCUCCCUUCUGGCGCAGGAAGUCGAUCCCGAGCAGCUCUCUUCACUGACCCUUGAGGCCGUCCUGCUCGGCCUCCAUGCUGCCAGAUGAAGGUGGAGAGUUUGCCUGCAUGUGUGGCUGCCCUUAUGGAGAUGACAUAGCAGAAGGGGGUGGUGUUCCGCCAACUGUUCCUCGUAUGACUACUAUGAAAGAAGUGAGGGACUUUGGCAAUCUUUGAGAGGAGGAAAAUUAGGAAAUGAAACAAGAGGUGAGACAUUUGAAAGAGAAGAAGAAAAAAAACUCAGUGGCUAUUUUUUAAUCAUGGUUGUCUCCAUAAACUUUUUUUUCUAUUAUCAUCAUCAAUAUUAUUAUUUUAGAGAUUCCUUCUUUCUCUGUUAUGUAAGAAGGUGUGGAUGCUUGGUAAGCUCUUGAAACCUGACAAGAUAUAUAUAUAUGUGCACAUAGCUCAGGGUUUUCUUUCCAUCUUCCACUUCUCUGUUGUCUCAAAUUAACAAGUUGAAAGAGUGUAUCGAGAAAAUAAUUUGCAAAUGAAAGUAACUUUUUUAUGCUUUUGUCUUUGACCAAGCAUUUACCCUGCAGCGUCUUGGAGAAAGAAUUUUUGGUAUUGUACAGUUACCUGGAUUUUUGUAUAACAUUGAGGAAAAUUUGGACCUGGCUCAUCACUCGUGUCAAAAAAGCCUGUUGUAUUUGUAAUGCACUUGUAUGGAAUAUAUUAGAUGGAUUGAUUGAGCUGUUUAUGCUCUUGUAAGGAAAGAUUGUUUAAAACUUUUGGCUUAGACUGUACUCUUUUUUUUAUUUCUUAUUAUUUUCUUGAAAACAAACAACUUUGCAUAAUUUCAUGUGUGAUUGUCAUUUUUAGAAACUGUUGGUUAAAUAUCCCAAAAUUUCAGGCAUCAGAUGAUACUGAUGUUUCAUUAUAUAUUUAAGAAUGAAAGUAUUGGGAUUUUUUGGUUUAGAGUGUAUAAUUGUUCAAUGUUUCUCUCAUAUAAGCUUUUCAAGAAUAAAAGCUUGUUAGAUGCUGCAGUACAGUACCAUGCACAAAUGCAUAUACACAUGAACUCUCUCAACACAAACAUCUACGUCUAUAGCUCUACAUAACCAUACACACAGAUGUAAAAACAUAUAUACUUAGAUAUACAUAUAUAUAUUCAUAUAUACCCUCACACACAUAUGCACGCAUAUACUCAUACACACAUACGCCUACACAUACAUACGUACUCACAUACAAAAAAUAUUAGAUGAGAGAGAGAAAGAGAGAGAAUGAAUAUGAAUACAAAGACAUAUGUGUUUGAAUUUUGUUUGUUUUCAGUCUUUGUUCACUUGCCUCAGAAUUUUUGUCCCAGAUUUGACUUUCCAAAUUUUCUUGUUCUCAUUCUUCCUCUUUUCCUCAUCAGGUUUAAACCGUUUACUCUCACGUUUCUUGUCGGUGUGUGUUGUCUGUACUUCUUGUCUAUAGGUGGUGCUCUUUGGUGGUGGAAGGAGGAUCAUGUUGAACCAUUCCAUGACAGUAUAAUAAUAAUUACUGGUUGUUAGGAUAGUUAAGGUCAGCCUUGCCCUCCUAAGGGAGAUGGCCAGGGCAGCUAUAUUAACAUGAUGGCUGGUGGUGUCUGCCAUUGCGGCACAUUGGUCAGUGGUAACACCUUUUGGGGCCCAAAGGACUGAAUGGAAGUAUGGCUUUGCAUUGUUUUGUAGGUGACAUGACCUGGAGCACAUGGUGGGCCAAUGUUAAGCAAUAAAUGUUAAGCUUCUCCCUUGAAGCUGCCAAGGUCCUGUGUCUCAGGAGUUUCAAUUGUCCAGAAUACCAUACUGUGUCUCAUAGACACUUGGUUUAGAUGAUGUUCUUAUGUAAUAAAUUCCUAUGGAAUUGUCAUAGCUGUCUUCUUCACAGGUGUUUCAUUUAUUGAACAAGCUUGUGUGCUUACAGUAAACCAUGUUGGUGCGUGAAACUGCAAGAAAGACUUCUCCUAAAGUUACCAGGGGCUCUGCCAGCUUUGCAUGCAGGGUCAAGGGAUACUCAGGUCAAGCCAUGCCAUGCUGGAGCAGCAGGAGAAAGGGGGCAGGCAGGAGUGUAGACUUCUUCAUUUGAAUUUGGUGUGUGUCAAAUGCAGUUAUUAUCUAAUUAUGGAUAGCUGGAAGGUAAUGGAAGCCCUCUUGAAGGCAGGGAGUUUUAGAGACACAAUCAUGUAUUGUGAAGAAUUUGAUGUCUUGUGUAUGUGAUCUGUUGGUGAGGGUCUUCUAAGAUUUACUGAUCAUAUAAAGCAGAGAGAUUGCCCUGUAAUUGGGCACAUAGAUGUGGAUACAUUUCGUAGGCCUAGUGUCUCAGAUGUGAAAUAGCAAGCAAUUAAAAAUGACAUUUCUGUUAUUCCUUUGAAUUCUGCAGUUACUCUUCCUAGCAAUUUAUAGCAAUGUCUUGUUACCAGAUGUAAUGAUGGAACUGGUCAGUUGCAUAUUUUUAAAAAAUGAAUUUGUAUUUUUCAAAUGAUAGGCUUACCAUGUUUAUUUUGAUACUUAAAAACAUCUUAGGUUGUAAUUUACAGAUUCCCUGAAGGUUUUAAAAUGACCAUGUACUCUGCUUGUAUAUGACUAAUUAUAUUCUUCUAUAUUUUUAUUUUAGUUUUAUUAAUUUGACUUUCUUUAUAAGAAUUUCACAUUUUGGUUAUUUUUUACUUUAUUUCAUUGUAAUCAGGGCAUUGAAAGUAUGUAUGUCACAGAUCAAAUAACCAAGUUAAUAAGAUAGUUAUAAGAUAAGAUAGCUAGUUCUGUGAGGUUUGCUAUGUAUGAAUGUAAGAAAAGCCUGGAUAUUCCUUCUAUAAUGCACAAAUCUUAAAUACUGACUGUUGUACUUAGGACUUUGAAGGUUUUCCGAGUACAGAAAAAGAAAUGUUUACAGUAGAUAUGGACCUCUUUUGUCUUAUUCCCCAAAUCAGUUUAGUUUGCAGAAAUUUUCUUGAUGGCAAAAAAAAUUUACAAGACAUAAAUGCAAAAGAGCACACACAUACAUAAGCAUAAAUCCAUUCACAGAUAAAUACUUUUUAUAUGAAACCUUUAUAUGAGAUAUGUUCACUGUACAGAGCCUGACUCAGUUGUAAUAUUGCAGAAUGUUGGCAAGUAGCUGUAAAGGGAAAGAGAAAAGAAAGUCCUUAUACUUACUUGCUUAACCUUUUUCUUUCACAUUAUUUGUUAAUAUCCAGGCCUUUUUAUUUUUCUUAUCUGUAGGUGAUGUUACAGCAACUUGUGCCCAGUCAUUUAAUUGAAAAAUUAUAAUCAUGUACUUACAGAGACUUACAGGCACUAGGAGCACCAACUAACAUUGGAAUAUGAGUGAGAUGUUAUCUGAUAAGUGCAAAGAAGAAAAAAGAGAAUUGGCCGUGAGUUUUGACUGGAUAGAUUAUUUUGAGAAUCUCAAGCCGUGCUCAUAAACUUUAUAAUCAGACUUUUACCUCCUCAAAAGAAAGAAAAGAAUGAUAGUCCCUUAAAUUAACUGUUUAUCUUUUUGCUUCUUUUUUAAGAGGCUACAUAAAUAUGGCGUUAGUCUAAUGUGCUAUUCACCAUUUUUAAAGGAGUCCUUCUGGCUUGAGUCUGUAGCUAGCCAAGGGGAUGCUCUGCUCUUGCAUAGUUUUAUGCAUUUACCCUUCUUUCUUUUCUUUUUCUUUUAGAUCAGUUAAAAAUGGAUUUUUGAAUGCCUUUCUAUAUAUAUAUUUAUACUUUUUAGUUGCAUGUUCAAAGAGUUGAAUUAAACAGUUGAAAGAAUGAGGGAUAGUGGUUUUAUUUAUUUUUGUUAUAAAAGAGCUCAUUUAUAGGGUAACAGUAUUCCUUUCUUUUUUCUCCCUAUUCAGUAGUUGCCUAAUGUGACCUAGUACAUGACACUUGCCUCCAUAGCUGCAGGUAUCUUGAAGAUAAUGUAAUUUAUAAAACACUUUUCACAAAAUCCAUCAUUCUCAAAAACUAAAUAUAUUUUUUUGAAAAGCAUAGCCUAUAUGAUUGUUUUUAUAAGGCUAACCUCUAUAUUUUUUCAUAGGUUUAGAAAUUGGGAAAUGUAGUGUUCUGGUUCCCAGCGUUUUGAAUGAAGGGAACUAAUAUAAAAUGUAUUAAAACAUUUUAUAUACAAUUCUCCUCAAAUAUUUUUUACUCCCUGGUAUGUGAUGAUAUACUGUAGUUACACAAACUGGAAGUCAUUUUUUUUUCCAAUUUGUUUUUCUUAUUUGUACUUCUAAUAAUACUCUAUGAUUAAUCAGCUUUACACAGUUUGCAUUCUUAUUAUACGUCAAUUCGUAGUUUUUUUUUCCCAGCCAUGAACAAUGGGCUGCAUGCAAAUUUUUAUGUGGCGUGCAAGGAGCUUGUAACUUUUUUUUUAUCUGUGUAAAAGAUUCAUGGUUAGAUCUUAUUUCUCUUUACAUGUAUGUGUGGUUAUGAAGGAUAAGAGAGAACUUUUGUUUUCAAGAUUUCUGUGAAAAAGAGAGUGAUUGUCAUUUUUAUUUGCUUAUCAUUAAGGAAGUGACAUUAUUUUGUUAACAUUUUAUUUUUUUGUAUUUUUAUUCUACAAGUCAGUUGUGAUAAAUAACUAGGGGUAAUUUUUUCUCCUUUUCAAAGAUCAUCUAAUCAGGAUUUUAUUAUAUUAUUUUGGGGAUUUGAUAAUGAAUGAUUAAGAAAGUCAUUCUGUGUCUUCAUAUACAUAAAUAGAUAUAGUAAUUUAUUUUUUAAAUUUAUAUGCUUCUUGCUGUCUUCUUAUCCCUUUCCUACAAAUGGCAGAAUACAAAUAAAAUCUUGCUUGCCUGACAGUUUUCCCUGUGAGUGUUGCCUUUUGUGUGUAGCAGGAAUCUCUAGGACUUCCUUCUUAUAAUCAGGGUUGCUGGCCAUUGCUAUUUUUAAGACAACUGUGUAACCCAUUCUUUUUUCUGAAAGGUUGUUAAAAGUCCUUGUUAAAUAUAUUUAGUGCAGCUAAAAGAACAAGUGAAAAAUGAAAGUUUGGGAAGGCACAGAAGUGUUGUAUUAUAUAAAAGAUAUUCUUCCGUGAUCCUUAAAUGUAUUUGAGUACAAAUAUCAAACAAAAUGUCUCUCCAAGUAUGAGCCCAACAUCUUUAGGGUUAGUCUGGUGUGUGGGACAUUUGGUCUCAGAAAAGUUUAUUUCUUACAAAGGUAGUUUUAUAACAUAGCCGCAUAAUUUGAUUUUAAUUUUCCAUCUGUGUGUGUGUGUGCGCGCGUGUGUGCGUGGGUGUCUGAAAGAUUGGUGUAAAUUAGAUAUACAUUUAUGAAUUUGGUGUAAAAAUUGUUUUCCUUUUACUUCCUAGAACAAUCUAUGAAUAAAUUUCAAGUGUUGUGUGCAGCACAAUCUGCCCUUAACACUGAGGCAGACUACAGAUAUUUCAUACAGACCUUUGUAAGAUCAACAUACAGAUGAAAGCACUUCAAAGAAUGGAAGGGAGAGUGGGAGGUAGAGAGAUCCAGGGGAAGCACUAAGUGUAACUGAAGUCUUUAGGAUUUGGAAUGAAUAGUUUCUACAGCUUAGCGCAUAGUCUCCUGCUAAUGGUGUGGCUAGUUAAAUUCUUAGAUUGCUCCCUUUCUUUUCCUUUUGCUUUUCCUUUCUCUCCUUUCCCUUCCCUUUUGUGGCAAGAAUCAAAGUUCGCAGCUGGACUUGGGUGAAGGAUUCCUUGGGCGACAAUUAUGGAAAACUUUUUUAGCCUCCAAAUACUGUGUUCUCAGGUGUACAGAUUAAACCUUGGCAAUUAUCAACUUCUCUUUUUCUAUUUCUUUCCUUUUAAAAAGAAAGUUUAAAUAAUUUUUCAUAAUUGGUAUAGUUGUCUCAUAUGAUCAAAUGAAAACAAAAGAAAAAGGAAAAGAAGAAAAAAAGCAAGGUAUAAUCUUCCUCUCCCACAUUUUUUGUGUGUUUUCUGAUCAUUUUUUACCUCUUAAUUAUUAUUAUUAUUGUUUUGUUUAUUUUAUUAUUAUUGUAAGUUUUGAAUUUUACACCAUUUAUAAAGCUUUGUUUUAUUUUCAUUUUUAUAUAUGUAUGCCUUUUACUUUUGAGUAUUUCACAAAGCCAGAUACCAUUGCAGUCGUGUUCUUAUGUGCAAAACAGUUCUUUGUUUGGAGGCACAUUUCUUUUAUGUAAUUAUCCUUUUGUCUCCCCCCCCCUUUUUAUGGAAAUAUAAUUCUUGUAGUAUGAAAAUAUUCUUCAUUAGUGAAGGUGCUAUGGAGUUCCAGCAUUGGUGAUCAUAAAACUUUGGAGGCCUCUUAGGAACAUAUGGAUAUAUUCCAUGUUUAGUGGUGAGGGUCAUGGAUCCUUGCGCUAAAGGUUAGGUGUAAGCAUUUGUAGCCUUAGCAGUGAUAUUGGAGGUGCGUGUGAAUAAAGCAUCUGCUAGA